AUGUCUAUACGAGAGAACAGAGACAAGCGCGAAGCUUGGAUGCUCCUCCCAAGCUGCGGACAUCUAGUCCUCGCUGAGCCAACAAAAGGAAAACUCUCGCCUAGUAACAGAACUCUCGAGGUUCUACUCGGAGAUUUCGGCAAAGCCAACGACUCAUGUCUAAGCUGCGAUGAUUCUACUAUUACUAACUCUUUUACCAUUCGAAGACUUUUACUCAUGAGCAGCGAACUGCGCAAGCAGGGCUAUGCUCAAGUCAAGAACCUUGAGCUCACCAAAAGAGAUCGAAUUGCUGCAGGACAAGAAGGCAAGAGCCGAUCCCUUGAUGCUCAAUAUCUAGAAGGUGUCGUAGAAGGAGCAAAGGGCAAGCCGAUCGAUAGUAUCAUCUCUGAGAAUCACUUUGAAAACGAGCGUGGAGAAUUGAACAAAAGAAAGAACGAUAUUAACUAUGCUCGUAAAGCCGCCAUCCUGGCGGAACUCCUGCCAGAAUUCAUGAAGAAGCUUGAGGUCCUUCUGACAGAGCUGCAGCAUGAUGUUGACUGUGCCCUUGCAUUUGCCCAGGGCAAGCUACUUGGACAACGCUGGGCUGAGGCGAGAUGGGAGGCCAUCCCCUCGGUUGAAGUAGGUCCUGUAUCGAAGCUGAUUCAGUUGAGUUGCUCUGGGCAAGCCAGGCGAUGCAGCAGGGCGACCGCGGGUUUGGCGAUUGCGAGGAGACACCGUUUCAGCCGAGGGUGGGGACGGAAGAAGGGAUAUCAGAAAGAAAGUCGGGAUCGAUAUAGGAGACGACAGCUGGUAAAACUGGUCAGGAUGGCAGAGCAGUCCUGUGAAGAAAAUGAGCAGGUCGCCUUGGGUGUUGACGUAGUCUGA